GAUAGAGAGAGAGAGAGAGAGAGAGAGAGGAUAUUCAUGAGAAUGGGAGGAAAAGGGAAGGGGUGACGAAGCCGAAUCUUGAGGGGUCUUGGUUCUGUUGGGUUGUGUCGUGUUUUGGGUGAUGAGGUGGAAGAGAAGAUGAGGAGCUAUUAUUGGGCGGUAUUAGAGGGGAAGAGGAGGAGAAGAGUGAAAGCAUAACGACCGUUAUUUCUCAUCUCUCUCUCUCUCUCUCUCUCUGUGAGUCUCUGCCUCUCUCUGUCUCUGUUGUCUCUGUGGGUUUUUGGCUCCUGGGUUUCCAUUGCCUUCUGUGGUGAGGUCACCUCUCUGAUUCAUGGAAGAUACAAGGGAGCUGCCCUCAUCUUCUUCCUCACGUAAGGGCUCCGAUAAAGAGAACCAAGACGAACGCCACCCAUCUCGAGGCAGGAAGACGCGCGCCGGUUUCUCCGACUCCAUAUCCGCUCACGACUUGGGAUCCUUAGAGGAGGAGGAGCAAGUGGAUGAGCCCUCUCCAAGAGGAGUCCUUGAUGAAUGUUCAGUCUGCCACGAAUCGGACAGCACUUCCAACACAAGCACUUCCAACUCUGAGUGCCGAUCAUGCUCAAAGGGCUCUAACCGCUGGCGGGGCUUCCUCAAGUCCCUUAAGAAGGGACCUAACAUGCGAUUCUAUACGUUCCCUCUAAAGAGUGUCCCGAAGCUCACCAGGAGGAAGAGCAGAAGGAUAAGGGAGGAUUUAAUACCAGGCCUGAAUGCCGACUUAGAGACUGAGCUCUGCUACUUCCGGCCCUCAUGGAAGAACUUCACUCUCUCGGAGCUCAAAGAUGCCACCGACAACUUUAGCCAUGACAAUUUGAUUGGUGAAGGUGGGUGCGCGGAAGUAUACAGGGGCAAAUUGCCGGACGGUGAGUUAGUUGCAGUGAAACGGCUGACAAGGGGAACGCCUGAAGAGAUGACAGCAGAUUUCCUGUCCGAGCUCGGGAUUAUUGUUCAUAUCGAUCACCCGAACAUUGCUAAGCUGAUCGGAUACGGAGUCGAAGGGGGAAUGCAUAUUAUCCUCCACUUGUCUCCCCAUGGAAGCCUUGCAUCUCUGCUAUACAAUUGCGGGGAGAAGCUCGACUGGGGAAUCAGGUACAAGGUUGCCCUUGGGACCGCCGAGGGACUUAUGUACCUUCAUGAAGAUUGCCAGAGAAGGAUCAUCCACAAAGAUGUCAAGGCUGCUAACAUUUUGCUUUCGGAGGAUUUUGAACCCCAGAUUUCUGAUUUCGGGCUUGCAAAGUGGCUACCAGAGCAGUGGAGUCAUCACGUUGUCUCACAGAUUGAAGGGACAUUUGGAUACCUUCCUCCUGAGUACUUCAUGCACGGGAUAGUGGACGAGAAGACCGAUGUUUAUGCUUAUGGGGUGCUGCUCUUAGAACUCAUCACAGGGCGCAAAGCCUUAGAUAGUUCACAGCAGAGCCUUGUCAUGUGGGCAAAGCCUUUGCUUGCCAAGGACAAGAUUAAGGAGCUGGUGGACCCAUGCCUCCGUGGUUCUUAUGACCCAGAGCAGAUGGAGCAUGUGGUCAUGGCAGCUUCAUUGUGCAUUCAGCAAUCUUCGAUCCAUCGACCUGAUAUGAGCCAGAUUGUACGGAUCCUAAAAGGCGAUGAAGAAGCUCUGGAACUGGGAAGGCAGAAUAAAAAGCCAUCUCUUCAACGAACGUACUCUGAAGAGCUCUACUCAGCUGACGAGUACAAUGCAACCAAGUAUCUGAGUGACUUGGACCGAUACAUGCAGGUUGUUCUCGGUCGGUCCAAUGAUGGUCAGGAGCCUGACAAUGUCCCCGGUCCUGAUGGAGCCGAAGAUGGGAGUUGUUCAAGCGAAGAAGACCAUGUAGACCCCAACGAAGCCGAACAUGAAAAGCGAAGCCAGUCACAAUGAAGCCGAACAGGGAAGCUGCCAGCAUAAGAAGGGCAAAGACGAGCUCGAAAUGGCAUUGUAAAAGAGUUAUUUUAACUAAACAAGUGUUGAUUCUUUGGAUUCUCUCGAUCAUGCAGUUGCAAUCUGUUAACGUUAAUUUGGAUUUCAUUGCAAUGGAAAAGGUUUCUUAGGGAAAUCAAUUUGUAUCA